AUGUUCCACAAACUCGUUUUGGCCUAUGACAUUGAAUGCUUCAGCCAUGCGUGCCAAGAAAAGUUGAGGAAAAAGCCACAUUCCCCAGACAUAUUCAACACUGUAUGCGUGUCAUUAAUAGGUCCCUCCCUGAUUGCUCUCCUUCGCCUUGAAGUCUCCACAAUAGCUGCAGUUGCAAAUAAUUUAAAAGAUCUUCCAAUGUUAACUGACACCAUGAUCCUUAGGAAGCUUCUGGUUCUUAAAGGGAAAACUGUUAGGGAUGAGGGAAGUUUAGGUUUCCUUGUGGAGAUUGAAAAACAGACAUCUUUAAGGCAUGCAGUUCAGCUGUUAUCACCUGCCAACAUUGUUGUGAAAAUGAAUGGCCAUGACAACGUGUGCAAGGUGAAUCUUGAAGAAGUUUCUUCACUAUAUUUGGAUGCCAAAUCAUUGGCCAGAGGAUUAGAGGCUGAUGGCUGUAGUUUGGAGUUCCAAGGCUGUAGGUGUUUUCACUACAACAAUGGGGCUGGUGUUGUGAGGACUGUGUCAACACCUGUGGUUAAGUGGAUCAAUUGCGCCUUUAUUUUUGGGCUAUGUGGACGUAGACACAUUCCAAAAACAGCUGUGAACAAGAGAGAUUGGAGAACUGCAAGUGUUGCACCUGCAAAAUGA